GUUCCGACCGAGCCUUCUAGAUCAGUAGUCCUUUCCUUACCCGGAAGUGUAUCUGUUGUCAGUUCCAUACGUGCCCUUGCCUGUCAGCUUUGCGGGAUCUGUAUGUGAGGGAAAUACGGGGGUUAAUCCCCGUCGCCCAAAAUGUUGCGGGCUGCCUGCAUUGUUUGCCGAGGGCUGGUAAAGAAGCAUUCUGUAAAUGAUACCAAAAUACCUGUACAUAACCUACAUUUUCAGAGAAGUUGCCAUUCCCAUUUUUCAAGCUUGAAGAUCCACAGGCCUUUACCAAGAAUAUCAGCACAAUGGUACUCCUCUCUCUCUCGCCUCCCACCACGGAAAAGCAGGCUUUUCCCUGUGAGCUAUGGAUUCCACGCUAAACGUAACUUUUGGGUAGCAAGGUUGGCAUCCCGAUUAUUAAAACUGCGUUAUCUUCUGCUAGGAUCUGCUGUUGGUGGUGGAUACACCGCAAAAAAGACCUUUGAUCAAUGGAAGGAUAUGUUCCCUGAUCUUAGUGAAUACAAGUGGAUAGUGCCUGACUUUAUUUGGGAGUUGGAUCAACACAUUGAUUUUGAAAAAUUAAGUAAAGCCCUUCCUGAUGCUGAGGAGUUAUCCAAGCUUCUACCAGACUUUGAGAAGCUGGGAGAAAGCUUUAGUUUAUUAAAGGGAUGGUUCUCCACAGGUCACAAUUUGGUUAGUGAAGUCAUAGGACCUUCUGAUCUACUUCUGUUUUUAGGCCCAGGAGGGGAGACUGCCUUUAAAGCCACAGACAGCCAGACAUUUGAGGGUUCUGAAAAACAGUUCAAAAAGGGUUUGCUUGGUGAACUCAUACUAUUACAAGAGCAGAUACAGCAACAUGAAGAAGAAGCUCGCAGGGCUGCUGGGAACAUUAACAUGGGCACCUCACAGCAACAUCGCAAGGUCUCAGACAAAGAUAAGAUAGAUCAACUCCAAGAAGAACUUCUAAGAAACCAGCUGAAAUACCAACGCAUUCUUGAACGGCUUGAAAAAGAAAACAAAGAUCUUAGGAAGCUGGUGCUGCAAAAAGAUGAUAAGGGCAUUCAUCAACGGAAGCUAAAGAAAUCUUUGAUUGAUAUGUACUCUGAAGUAUUAGACAUACUAUCUGAUUAUGACGCCAACUACAACACACAGGACCAUUUACCAAGAGUAGUGGUGGUUGGAGAUCAGAGUUCUGGGAAGACAAGUGUCUUGGAGAUGAUUGCUCAGGCCCGGAUCUUUCCUCGUGGAUCUGGCGAGAUGAUGACUCGUUCUCCUGUAAAGGUUACUCUGAGUGAGGGUCCCCAUCAUGUAGCUAUAUUUAAGGACAGUUCGCGGGAGUUUGACCUCACCAAGGAGGCAGAUUUGGCAGCACUGAGAGAUGAAAUAGAGGUCCGAAUGAGGAAAAGUGUGAAAAAUGGACAAACUGUUAGUCCAGAGACCAUUUCUUUAAGUGUGAAAGGCCCUGGGAUACAGAGAAUGGUGCUUGUGGAUCUACCUGGAGUCAUCAGUACUGUAACAUCAGGAAUGGCACCAGAUACCAAGGAGACUAUUUUCAACAUUAGCAAAGCCUACAUGCUAAACCCAAAUGCUAUUAUUCUCUGCAUUCAAGAUGGGUCUGUGGAUGCAGAACGAAGCAUUGUGACAGACCUUGUAAGUCAGAUGGAUCCACAGGGAAGGCGCACUAUAUUUGUCUUAACUAAAGUAGAUCUUGCGGAGAAAAAUGUCGCCAGUCCUAAUCGUAUUCAACAAAUAAUUGAAGGAAAAUUGUUUCCAAUGAAGGCACUGGGUUACUUUGCUGUGGUCACAGGAAAAGGCAACAGCAAUGAAAGUAUUGAUUCUAUUAAAGAUUAUGAAGAGGAGUUUUUUCAAGGAUCAUCACUUGUAAAAAAAGGCAUGCUAAAGGCUCAUCAAGUGACAACCAAGAAUUUAAGUCUGGCUGUUUCUGACUGCUUUUGGAAAAUGGUUCGGGAGUCGAUAGAACAGCAAGCUGAUGCUUUUAAAGCAACACGUUUUAAUCUUGAGACUGAAUGGAAGAACAACUACCCACGGCUGCGUGAGCUUGACAGGAAUGAACUGUUUGAGAAAGCCAAGAAUGAAAUACUUGAUGAGGUUAUCAGCCUUACCCAGGUUACACCAAAGCACUGGGAAGAGAUUCUUCAGAAGACUCUAUGGGAAAGAGUGUCUACUCAUGUAAUCGAGAACAUCUACCUCCCAGCAGCCCAGACUAUGAAUUCAGGUACUUUCAAUACCACCGUGGACAUAAAGCUGAAACAAUGGACUGACAAACAACUGCCUAAUAAAGCUGUAGAGGUUGCAUGGGAGACCCUUCAGCAGGAGUUCUCCCGCUUUAUGACUGAACAGAAAGGCAAACAUGAUGACAUAUUUGACAAACUUAAGGAGUCAGUGAAAGAGGAGAGCAUCAAGAGGCAUAAAUGGAAUGAGCAGGCAGAAGACAGUCUGCGUGUUAUCCAGCAUAAUACCUUAGAAGACCGUUCCAUUUCAGAUAAACAACAGUGGGAUGCAGCUAUUCAUUUCAUGGAAGAUACAUUACAAAGCCGCUUGAAAGAUACUGAAUCUGUUAUUCGGGACAUGGUGGGACCUGACUGGAAGGAGAGAUGGACUUCUUGGACCUCCCGGGCUCCCGAACAGCACAUACGUAAUGAAACUAAAACGGAACUAGAAAAAAUGUUAAAAGUUAACGAAGACCAUCCUGCGUAUCUUGCUAAUGAUGAAGUAACAACUGUAAGAAAAAAUCUGGAGGCUAGAGGAGUGGAAGUGGAUCCAGUUUUGAUAAAAGACACAUGGCACCAAGUGUACAGAAGGCAUUUCUUAAAAAGUGAACUUGAGCACUGCAACCAUUGCAGAAGAGGUUUCUAUUAUUAUCAAAGGCACUUUGUAGACUCAGAGUUGGAGUGCAAUGAUGUGGUUUUGUUCUGGAGAAUACAGAGAAUGCUGGGAAUAACUGCAAACACUCUGAGACAGCAGCUUAUUAAUACAGAAGUACGGCGUUUAGAGAAGAAUGUAAAAGAGGUGUUAGAAGACUUUGCUGAAGACAGUGAUAAAAAAGUAACCUUAUUAACUGGAAAGAGGGUCCAACUAGCAGAAAAUCUCAAAAAAGUUCGAGAAAUCCAGGAAAAACUUGAAGCUUUUAUUGAAGCCCUUCAUAAAGAGAAAUAGCAGAUGCCGCCUGACUAGGAAAAUACUUAGCUCCAUACAAUUGGAUUUUCAAGAAUUUUGUACUCAUUUUGUGGAAUCUAAUCAGCCCAUGUUGCAACCUCUCCUUCAUUUAUUGCCUUCAUUUAUCUGCCAGGCAGAUGUCUAUAAAUUCCGUACGCAACUAUUCACUAUAUUUUGCUGCUGUAUAAUUUGUGCUGCGAUCACAUUAGAUGUAUUAAUUUCUUUUCCAAAAGCAAGCUAUACUGGAGCAGCAUAUAAUUUUAUCAGCUAUAUAUAUAUAUAUAUAUAUAUAUAUAUAUAUAUGUAACUAUUGAUAUAUUCCCUCUCUCGACCUCACAGACGUGUGCAUUUACAAUAUGCAGGUCACCUGUCACGUAAUAAUAUUUCCUCCCAUAUGAAAUGCAGCACUGAAUCUAUGAAAUAUCUCAAUAGAAAUCUUCAGUUCUAUAGCGAGACCUUCCUUGUAAAAGAGAAUUUUAAACCAUUAUUAAUGAAACAUUUCUGGGAAACUGUGGCAUUAGCAUAAAACCCCACCUUGCUCCAUUCAGGUAUAUUUUAUUGCUUAGUUUUUUGCAUAAUGAUUUGGGUGGGAGGGGGGUGUUUGCUUUUCAUUAAGCACAAAGCAUGCAGGGAAAUUAUUAGUAUACAUACUCCGCCCGUAAUGCAGCCCAGCACAAAAAGGUAAAAAUGUCUUUCCUCCUGGUGACGUUGCAAAUAGCUGAAAAUGAAGUACAAGUCAGUUGGGGUGACGUAAACUGGCCACUAGUCACCUUAAAAUACGUUGUCCCAUAAAUUCUGAUUUUCUUGAUAAUGAAUUGAACAUAAUUUUUUUUUUAAAUAGUGAAAUGGACUUGCAUUUAAUGUAUAGCACAUUUAUAUCACAAAUGGUAAGGUCAGCACAGUCACCCAAUGCAUCUCUUUUAAUACUAUUAUAAAAUACAUGUAUAUGUCUAUAUGUGUGUGUGUGUAUAUAAUCAAUACAUGCACCAACCACUCGCAGAUAAAUAUAUGUCCACACAAAACCACAUACAUGAAGCUGCAACUAAUCGCUCUUGUACAAUAUAUCUGUUCACAUCUAUUGGUCUCUCUGCUUCCACUUGAUCAGUUUCAGUUUUCUAAUUCACAGCAAUUUGUUUGUCACCAUUUACCAUCCCCCCUCCCCGUACUGUAAAAGGGAACUUAAGGGACCAUUUUCCUAGGAACACCAUGUUUAUGUGUUGCCUAAACCAGUGCCCAGUGGUUGUUGCAUCAUUUUAUCACAAGACAAAACCGUUUUCUAGUAUGAUUGAGAGUUGUUUUCUGGCUAGUAACCCGAAGCAACCAAACGGCUUUUAUUAGUGUCGUGGAUAUGGUUCCCCAACUUGAGGAGAGUGCCCAGUUUAAAGGCGUUUUAGUAUGAAAUUCAUGAAUACUCCUUUAUUCUUCUUUAUAUUCAUGAAAACCCCAACCUAAGGAUUGACAUAUGUGGCAUUGUUUCAUAAUAUCUGUGACCUGCAGGUAAGAGCUCCUAUAAAACAAAUGAGCAUAGAAGGAAAAUUAGCAAAAUAAUACAAAAAACUGAUUGACCAGGAUAAAUAUUUAUCUUUGUUACCACAUUACCCCUUUGGUUUUGAGGUUUACAAUAACAAGAGGAGGCUGUACAAUUUGAUUAGAAGUUAUGGAACGGGUGAGUUGAUUCCACAUUACAAGAUCCACUUAAUAGAUGCAACAUUACUGGAAAUUAUUCAAAUGAAUGCUGUUUGUUGUGUUUUCCUGGUGUUUGUAUAGAAAUGUAAAUCUCUGCGUAGCUCUGGAAAUGUACAAAACCUUAAAGUGAAGGAAGUAUGGGGCAGAUUUAUCAGCAGUCCUUCUGGAUUCCCCAGUACAGUAUUUGAUGAAUCUGCUUGUAGAUUUUUUGUGGGGGGUGGUGUGGUGCUUGCCUGCCUUAUUUUCUUAUGUGAAUAUUUUAUUCUUCUGUGGGGGAAAAGUAUCCCAUAUGCAUUGUGUUUGUGCUUUUGUUUAAACACAGGUAAGAAUUGUUUUGGUUUUAACCCAUCAUUGGUGCUUGAUUGCUAAAAUACUAUAUCCUCACUCUGGUACAAUAACAUCCAAUAAUAUACAGAGAGGAGGAAUCCCGAGUUUAUUUUCACAAGUAAAACCAUGUGGUUCCAGUGCACAGGAAUGUUUCUAUAGCACAGACAUGAAAAUUCAGCACAACACAUAAGUGCUCCUUUACAAAUUUCAAGUGCAAAAAAAAAAAUAAUAAAAAAAAAAAAAAAGAUGCAAGCCAACAUUUGCACUUUGCACCCUGCCCCUAACAAGUGCACCAACAGAUAUGCUCCCUCCAUGAAUGCUGUGCUGCUGGUGUUUGGUAGCACUGAAUUCAUAAGGAGCAGGAUAGAAAAGGCACAUAGGACUUCCCCAACCUGCCCCCUAAACUUGUGUAUCGUUUACUACUGAUUAGUAAUUCGGAGCAUUGCAGUUUCCCUACUAUUAAUUAAUGCCGUUUAUUUUACAAGAAAUUAUAAAUUAAAGCUAGCAACAGCAAGUGCAGACCUGUGUGGGUAAUAGAUAUGUGUGUGUAUCUAUUAGGGAUGCACCAAAUCUGCUAUUUUGGGAUUCUGUGGAACCCAAACCAUAUGCAAAUUGAUUCACAACCAGGCACUUGGAGUUGGCCAGAUCCCAAUCCUGCAGAUAAAAGGGUGAAUCCCAAACUGAAUAUUGGAUUUGGUGUAUCCCUUAUAUCUAUAUAAAAUACACACACGCAUAUAUGUAUGUAUGUGUGUGUGUAUAUAUAAACCAAAAAAAAGGUACUAUACUCAUUUAGGAACGUAUGCAAAUAAGUGGUUUAUUGAAAAGAAUCCAACGUUUUGAGCUCUGCUGUGUUCUUCCUCAGGAACCAACCAGAAGUCUCUGAGUAAGGGUAAAGCAGAACUCAAAAUGUUGGGUUUUUCAAUAAAUCACUUAUUUUCACUAGUUUCUGAAUGAGUAUAGUACAUUUUUUUGGUUUAUAUUUACUUUUUUCCCCCUUAUCAGCAUACAGUAUAGCAUUGUUUUAUUAGUGAGGACAUUGUAUUUUAGCAAUUGAGAUUUCCUCUAUCAUUGCUACACAUUCUGCAGUGUUAAAUCAUUCAGUCCCCAUUCAGUCAGCACUUACAUUAUACACCGAAUGUUUACUCUAAAGAUCUUACAUCUUACGGUGGAUGCACUUUUCCUUGUUAAAUUAUUGCUUGUAUAUAGAGAUGUUCUGAUUGGAAAGCAUGUAAGAUGUAUUGUUUUACUGUAGCUCAUCAUCAUCCUGGUGACAGAAGAUACUGGUUGAACAUGUUAUGUGGAAGCUGCCCUGCCUUUCUAUAGAAAUCUCAUGCUUUUCUCUAAUGAAUUGAUUGUGUGCUGUCAGAUUCCAGCUGUGAAGUCACACAGCAUCAUUUAUUUAAAGAACACCAAAUAUUUAUGAAAUAAUCUGUAUUUGGACAAAAAUGCAAAUAAAUGCUCUCUGGUAACAAUUCA